AUGAAUUUCCAGAUGAGUUGCAAGGACUUCUACAGCUUUGUGAUUGCCCAGAAGCAAGUCAUGACUUUGGCAAAAUCAUCAAAGAAGUACGAGACUUCUGGCACGUCCGAGAGCUCCAGGAGCCUGAAGGCCCAGGUCCCACAGCAGCUCAUUCAGCUCCAUGUUGAGGAGCUGGAUCGGCGAGAUGAUAAAACUGUUCGGCUUUCCAAUGAGAUCUCGGACGGUGAGAAAGAAGCCAUUAUGAAUAGAAGGCCAAAAGUACUGGCAUGCCUCAAGAGCCUUGGCAUUGCCUGUGAAGAGGAUAACACGCCCAAUGUCGCUGUCCUAGGAUCAGGCGGAGGUCUGCGGGCCAUGAUAGCCCUUCAGGGAACCUUGGUGGAGAUGAAGAAUCAGGGUCUUUUGGAUGCUGUCAUGUAUCUGUGUGGGGUAUCAGGGUCCACCUGGUGCAUGUCUUUCCUCUACAAAGAGAAGGAUUGGACAGAGAAAUUGCAGGUCUUGGAAGAAGAACUGUGCGAUACACUUCCCAAACCUCCAUGUGAUGUUCUAAAGGCGUUUUCUAUCUUGUGCCAGGCAGCUGAAGAUGAACUCUUCUCUCUGACCGAUGUCUGGGCAUUUUUUGUCUUCCUUUUCAUGUUGAAGAAGUGUGACCAGACCACGUUAUCUCAACAUGAGGUCGCCUCCACAAGUGGGACGAAUCCUUACCCCAUCUAUGCAGCAGUUGAAAUGAAGAAAUUGCAUGAAGAAGGUGGAAACAGCCCAGGGACCUGGUUUGAAUUCACCCCCCAUGAGUGUGGCUUUCCUGGUCCAGGGGCAUUUGUGUGCACCAAGUACUUGGGAAGCAAAUUCGAGGAUGGAAAUUUGAAAAAACAGAGGGAAGAGAAAAAUAUCCACUACCUGCAAGGUUUAUGGGGAAGUGCCCUUGCAAGCCGUCAACAUUUACAAGGUAUCAGAUGCACUUGUGCAACUUGUCAGUGUAUCCUCCUCCUCCUGGAGCUUCAGGUUCAUGCCUCAGUUGGGGAAGACUGUGAGGGAGUCUUCAAGAAGCUGAAGGAAGUCCUGAAAGGCAAGUGGACCAACGGGACUAGAUUUAUCUUAGGAAAUCCCAGCUACCGGGAGCCUUUGAAAAUGCACACAGAAGUUGGGGGAUUUGGGCACCUCACUCAUUGUGACCCCUUGGAUAAAUCACAGCCUAAAACAAUACAUGGAUGGAUUUUCGCAGGUGACCCCAAAUCCAAAUCUCCUGUCUUCACUAAGGACAAAAUCAUCAGCUUGAUCGAUUCCUGGACUGCCAUAAAUUCUGCCUACCCCCUUGUUCUGCGUGGAGAGAGGAAAGUGAAACUAAUCCUCUCCUUUGACUUCAGCGAUGGGGAUCCUUUCGAGACCAUCAAGAAAACUGCCAAGUAUUGUGAGACAAAUAACAUCCCAUUUCCCAAGAUAGAUCCAGAAAAGCUGGACCCAUGUCACCCCUCUGAUUGCUACAUCUUCAAAGGAAAGGACGUUCCCAUCGUCAUGCACUUUCCACUCUUCAACAUCAAAAAUUGCCCAGGUGAAAUAGAGCACUUCAGAAAGAAGUUUUCCUUCUCUCAUUUAGUCUACACAAAGAAUGAUAUUGAUGAACUCCUCGAAAAAGCAAAGAUGAAUGUAUCCAACAACAAGGAGAGGAUUCGGGAGGCGAUCCAGCGGAUUGUGUCCUCCUCCACCAAGGAGUUUUAAAACCACGUCUUUGUUCAAGAAGGGCAGAAAAUAUGUGCCUGGCUCUGGCCAGCACAUUUCCUGUGAUGUUGUAUACUGUGACCUCUUAGAACCUAAGUGCAGCACAGAGUAGUUAGUUUCCCUGGGUUAGAUUCACUAAAGGAUUUAGGCACUCUGAGAAUCACAAAACUCUUGCUCAGCUGCUGUAGAACCCUGUAGUGUCCAAACUCUCUCAGCACCAAAGUUGUUGCAGUGAAAUUUCCCUAGGUGCUUAUGUUUCUACCUUGGGGCAUGUGCACUGCAGCCACCAUCUCAGUGUCCAGGUGCCGAAGCCCCAGAGUAAUUCCCGCCCCAGGAAAGGCACGUGUUCCUCCCUACUUCACCUGUGGGGCCUGAGCCCUGGUGCAAGAAGUAGGAAGAUGGCCUCCCUCAGAGCUGUUAGCCCAGUAGUUAGU